CGCUGCUAGAAUCCAUUGAGGUUGUCAAGAAAUCAGCGAAACACCUCCGUUGCUCCAGAGGCAAUAACUAAUCCUUUCCGACUCUUCAUCUCUGACCACUUUGCAAUCUCACUAUCUUCCCAUAUCCCACCAUCAACGUCAGUUUCUUGCCGCGAAACGACUGUCCUUAAUACCUGCCUAUUUAUCUACCUGCAGCAGAGCUCUCAUACCUUAGAGCUCUUCUCAAAAUCUCGUCGUUUUUAUACAUCAAGUGGCAUUAGGUUGCUCACCUUGAACACCAUUACCUACAAGUUUGUGUCCAACACACCCACACUCGACAGCCUUCGCAACCAUGUAUUCCGGAGGUGCGACCGGCACUCACACUCCUCGAUCCUCCCAGAACCUCCGUCCUCUCAUUCUCACCCAUGGCUCCCUCGAAUACUCCUUCUUAAUACCGACCGCUCUCCAUUUCCAAGCUUCCCAGCUCCAAGAGACGUUCAAAGCCUCUCUGCCCGAACCCACAGACGAACUAGCUCAAGAUGACGAGCCCUCCUCGAGUGCCGAGCUUGUCGCCCGUUUCAUUGGUUUCAUUGCCGCUGAAGUUGAUGAUGACGAGGAAGCAACCGGCUUUUCUGAAGUGCUCAAAGUGGUUCUCAACGAGUUCGAAAGAUCUUUCAUGCACGCCAAUGACGUGCACGCUCUCGCAGCCACUCUGCCGGGGAUCACAGCGAAGAAAUUAGUGCUUGUCCAGUGCUACUACGCAGGCCGUGCAGCAGUCGCAAGGCCAAUCAAGCCACAUGACUCUGCUCUGCUCAGAGCUGCUGAUGACGAGGAAGCGAGCAUUUUCACCGUUUUCGGUGGUCAAGGGAACAUCGAAGAGUACUUCGAUGAGCUAAGAGAAGUCUACAACACAUAUCCUUCAUUCACGAAAGAUUUGAUCGAAUCUGCCGCCGACCUGCUACAGGCCCUUGCUAGGAAUCCCAAGGCAGACAAAUUCUACUCCAAAGGGCUGGAUAUCAUGCGUUGGUUGGCCGACCCAGAAGCCCAGCCAGACACAGACUAUCUGGUCUCAGCGCCUGUUAGCCUGCCUCUGAUCGGCCUCGUCCAGCUUGCCCAUUACCAGGUUACUUGCAAGGUCCUGGGGAAAACACCGGGAGAGGUCAAUGAACGACUGAACGGCACGACUGGUCACUCUCAAGGUGUGGUGACCGCAGCCGCCAUCGCUACCGCGACGUCGUGGGAGAGCUUCGCAAAGGCCGCCAAAGAUGCCAUCACGAUGCUGUUCUGGAUCGGCAUGAGGAGCCAACAAGCCUAUCCUCGCACUAGUAUUGCUCCUUCGAUUCUCCAAGACUCACUGGAGGCUGGAGAAGGCAUUCCUACCCCCAUGUUGUCAGUGCGAGAUCUCUCGCGGAAGCAAGUCCAGGAGCACAUUGAUGCUACAAACGAGCAUCUGCCUCAAGAUCGCCAUAUUGCCAUUUCGCUGAUCAACAGCGCGAGGAAUUUCGUGGUCACCGGUGCACCCAUUUCCCUGCACGGUCUCAACCUGCGCCUGCGAAAAGUGAAGGCUCCAACUGGUCUUGAUCAGAAUCGCAUCCCCUACACCGAACGUAAAGUGCGCUUCGUGAAUCGAUUUCUGCCUAUCACUGCGCCCUUCCACAGCCCACUGCUCAGUGAGGCAUUCAAGAAUAUUCAAGAAGACCUCAGCGAUAUUCGAAUUCCUGCUGGCCGUCUCGUCAUUCCCGUCUUCGACACCAACACUGGCGAAGACCUCCGCUUACACCAAGACAAGGAUAUCGUGCCGUCUCUUGUCCGCAUGAUCACCCAGGACCCCGUACACUGGGAGCAGGCUACUGUCUUUGAGGGAGCAACUCAUAUCGUUGACUUUGGUCCUGGAGGCAUCUCUGGCCUAGGCGUAUUGACAAACCGCAACAAGGAAGGUACCGGAGUUCGCGUCAUUCUGGCGGGUGCGAUGGAUGGCACCAAUGCUGAAGUUGGGUACAAGCCAGAGUUAUUCGACCGUGAUGAAGAAAAUGCAGUCAAGUAUGCCACAAACUGGAUCAGAGAACAUGGACCCCGGUUGGUCAAGACCUCUGUCGGCCAAACCUACGUCGACACCAAGAUGUCCCGCUUGCUGGGUGUGCCACCUCUGAUGGUUGCUGGUAUGACACCUUGCACCGUGCCUUGGGAUUUUGUUGCCGCCACCAUGAAUGCCGGCUAUCACAUUGAGCUUGCAGGUGGCGGUUACUAUAAUGCAAAGAGUAUGACCGAGGCAUUGACCAAAAUUGAAAAGAAUAUCCCUCCUGGGCGCGGUAUCACAGUCAACUUGAUCUAUGUCAACCCUCGUGCCAUGGGGUGGCAGAUCCCUCUCCUGGCCCAACUCCGUGCCGAUGGUGUUCCAAUCGAGGGCCUUACCAUUGGUGCCGGCGUCCCGUCGAUUGAAGUUGCUCAAGAGUAUAUCGACACACUGGGCAUCAAGCAUAUUGCUUUCAAGCCCGGUUCCAUGGACGCCAUCCAAGCUGUCAUCAACAUUGCGAAAGCCAACCCGACGUUCCCUGUUUUGAUGCAAUGGACUGGUGGUCGUGGUGGUGGUCACCACUCCUUCGAAGAUUUCCAUCAACCUAUCCUCCAGAUGUAUGGUCGCAUCCGAAAAUGCCAGAACAUCAUUUUGGUGGCUGGUAGCGGUUUCGGCGGGUCUGAAGAUACUUAUCCCUACUUGACUGGUUCGUGGGCACGUAAAUUCGGAUACCCUCCCAUGCCAUUCGAUGGUGUUUUGUUUGGUAGUCGUUUAAUGACCGCAAAAGAAGCACACACGUCCCUCAACGCUAAAAAGGCCAUUGCAGAAGCCGAGGGUGUUGAUGAUAGUCAGUGGGAGAAGACAUACAAAGGCCCAGCUGGAGGUGUCAUUACUGUUCGAUCUGAGAUGGGUGAGCCGAUCCACAAGUUGGCUACACGCGGUGUCAAGUUCUGGGCUGAGAUGGACCAAAAGAUCUUCAGUCUGGACAAGAAAAAGCGAGUCGCCGAGCUUAAGAAGCAACGCGAGUACAUUAUCAAAAAGUUGAACGAUGACUUCCAGAAAGUUUGGUUUGGCAAGAACUCUGCUGGCCAGACUGUUGACUUGGAGGACAUGACUUACGCCGAAGUUGUUCGACGCAUGGUGGAGCUCAUGUAUGUGAAGCAUCAAUCUCGUUGGAUUGAGGUUACUCUCCGCAAUCUGACUGUUGACUUCAUUCGACGAGUCGAAGAGCGCUUCACCGUCGGUCCUGGCAAACCGUCCCUCAUUCAAAGCUACGCUGAUUUCGAAAACCCAUACCCAGUUGUCGAGAAGGUUUUGGCUGCGUACCCUGACGCAGAGACUCAAUUGAUCAACGCACAAGACGUGCAGCAUUUCUUGCUCCUCUGCCAACGACGGGGUCAGAAGCCUGUUCCUUUUGUCCCUUCGCUCGACGAAAACUUCGAGUUUUGGUUCAAGAAGGAUUCAUUGUGGCAGUCCGAAGAUCUUGAUGCCGUCGUUGAUCAGGAUGUUGGCAGAACCUGUAUUCUUCAAGGUCCUAUGGCUGCCAAAUACUCGACCAAAGUUGAUGAACCUGUCAAAGACAUUCUGGACGGCAUCCACCAUGACCAUAUCAAGGGCCUCAUCCAGGAAGUCUACCAUGGCCGAGAGUCCGAAGUUCCUGUCGUGGAAUAUUUCGGUGGAAAGAUCAUCAGCUCUCCGGAUAGUGUGGUCGAGCUCGACGGAGUCACUGUGAUCCCAGAUGGGUCACGAGUUACCUACAGAUUAUCCUCAGCUCCCGCCGCACCUCUCCCAAGUGCCGAAGACUGGCUGCAACUGUUGGCUGGAAAGACUUAUUCGUGGCGCCAUGCCAUCUUCACAACUGAUAUCUUCGUCCAGGGCGCUCGGUACCAGAACAACCCUCUGAAGCGCGUUCUGGCACCCGUUCGCGGCAUGUCAGUCGAAAUUGCCCACCCCAAGGAUCCUGCUAGGACCACGAUCAUUGUUAAGGAGCCAAGUCAGUCAGGCAAGGUUGUGAAGACACUUGACAUCAGCUUAGUGGGCAAGAAUGAAAUUCUAAUGAACAUGUGGGAGGAAAGAACCGCUGAGGGUGAGGCAGUAGCCUUGCCGUUCCGUUUCAUCUACCACCCAGAGACCGGUUAUGCUCCAAUUCACGAAGUCAUGGAAGGCCGCAAUGACCGCAUCAAAGAAUUCUACUACCGAAUCUGGUUUGCAGAGAAAGACGUCCCAUUCAACACUCCCACGACCAGUACUUUCGAUGGUGGUAAGGCCACAGUUAUUACACAAGAUAUUGCAGACUUUGUGCACGCUGUCGGCAAUACGGGUGAAGCCUUUGUUGACCGUCCAGGUAAGGAGGUUUUUGCCCCUAUGGACUUUGCUAUCGUCGUUGGAUGGAAAGCCAUCACGAAGCCCAUAUUCCCUCGUUCAAUUGAUGGCGAUCUUCUGAAGCUCGUCCACCUAUCGAAUGGUUUCCGCAUGGUUCCUGGUGCUGAGCCCCUGAAGGUCGGAGAUGAGCUCCACACCUCUGCUCGGAUCAAUGCUGUCAUCAACCAAGAUGCUGGCAAGAUGGUGGAAGUUUGCGGAACCAUCACUCGCAAAGGUCAGCCAGUCAUGGAAGUGACAAGCCAGUUUUUGUAUAGAGGCACUUACGACGACUUCGAGAACACCUUCCAACGGAAGGAAGAAACGCCCAUGCAAGUCACGCUGGCUACCUCCAAAGAUAUCGCAGUUUUGCGCUCCAAAGAAUGGUUCCACUUGGAUGAACCUGAUAUUGACCUGCUCGGCCAGACCUUGACGUUCCGUCUUUCCAGUUUGGUCCGAUUCAAGAACAAGACUGUUUUCCAGAAUGUUGAGACUGUUGGUCAGGUCCUGCUGGAACUCCCUACCAAAGAACUUAUCCAGGUUGCUUCCGUCGAGUACGAAGCUGGCGCUUCUCACGGCAAUCCUGUGGUUGAUUAUUUGCAGCGACAUGGCUCAUCGAUUGAGCAACCAGUCAACUUCGAGAAUGCUAUUCCUUUGAGCGGCAAGACUCCUUUGUCGCUCAAGGCGCCAGCGUCCAACGAGACAUACGCCCGCGUCUCUGGCGACUAUAACCCUAUCCACGUCUCCCGCAUCUUUGCCAGCUAUGCCAACCUACCUGGUACCAUCACUCACGGCAUGUACUCCAGCGCUGCCGUCCGUAGUCUCGUCGAGACAUGGGCUGCCGAAAACAAUAUCGGCCGUGUCAGAAGCUACCACGUAUCUUUGGUUGGCAUGGUCUUGCCAAACGACGACUUGGAAGUCAAGCUCGAACACGUUGGUAUGGUUGCUGGUCGCAAGAUCAUCAAAAUCGAGACCAGCAACAAGGAGACAGGUGACAAGGUACUUCUCGCUGAAGCUGAGGUUGAACAGCCCGUAUCUUCGUACGUCUUCACUGGGCAAGGUUCGCAAGAGCAGGGCAUGGGUAUGGAUCUCUAUGGAAAGAGUCCUGUCGCGAAGGAAGUCUGGGAUCGUGCAGACCGUCACUUCAUGGAUAACUACGGUCUUUCCAUUAUCAACAUUGUCAAGAACAAUCCUAAGGAGCUCACCAUCCACUUCGGUGGACCCCGCGGCAAAGCCAUUCGUCAGAACUAUAUGGCUAUGACCUUCGAGUCCAUCAAUGCUGAUGGAUCGGUCAAGUCGGAGAAGAUCUUCAAGGAGAUCAAUGAGAACACCUCUUCGUACACCUACCGUUCGCCGACUGGUUUGCUUUCGGCAACCCAAUUCACCCAACCGGCUUUGACGCUGAUGGAGAAGGCAGCUUUCGAAGACAUGCGUUCCAAGGGUCUGGUUCAGCGCGACAGCAGUUUCGCUGGACACUCGCUGGGUGAAUACUCUGCUCUAGCCUCUAUCGCUGAGGUUAUGCCCAUUGAGAGCCUGGUGUCGGUUGUGUUUUACCGAGGUUUGACGAUGCAGGUGGCGGUCGAACGGGAUGAACAAGGCAGAAGCAAUUACUCCAUGUGCGCCGUCAACCCCAGCCGCAUCUCCAAGACUUUCAACGAGCAAGCGCUGCAGUACGUGGUGGAGAACAUUGCAGAGACUACCGGCUGGCUCGUGGAAAUUGUAAAUUACAACGUUGCCAACAUGCAAUACGUAUGUGCCGGUGACUUGCGCGCGCUAGAUUGCAUGACCAAUGUUCUCAACGUGCUCAAGAUGCAGAAGAUCGACAUCCAAGCAUUGAUGCAGACGAUGUCGCUAGACGAUGUCAAGGCCCAUUUGGUUGAAAUCAUCGGCGAAUGUGCGAAGAAGACUGAAGCCAAACCACAGCCGAUUGAGCUGGAACGUGGCUUUGCUGUGAUCCCUCUCAAGGGCAUCGAUGUCCCCUUCCACAGCACGUUCCUUCGAUCUGGUGUAAAGCCAUUCCGAUCCUUCUUGCUCAAGAAGAUCAACAAGACCAGCAUCGACCCAGCCAAGUUGAUUGGCAAGUACAUUCCCAAUGUUACAGCCAAGCCAUUCGAGAUCAGCAAAGAGUACUUCGAGGAAGUGUACCGACUGACCAACUCGCCACGGUUGGCAAAGAUCUUGGAGGACUGGGACUCUUUUGAGAAUGCAGGAGAUGCGGCAGGCGUCCACCGUCUUUCUUCUGUGGCAUAAACAAAGUAUGGAUGUGUUGGAAGGUGUUUGCUUUUGCUGUGUGUUUCCACCGCUCCUUGAUGUGGCCAAAGGAAAAGACUGUUUUGGGAAAUGGGGUGCAUCAAUAUACCACGUGGGCGUUUGGUAGAUUUCUUUGCUUUUUUGUACAGCCUUUGGCGGUGUAUCAAGUAAAAUUACUUUGUUCGGUAACUAGUCCUACAGAUAUUGAGAUAGCGAAGAGCGGCAACCUUGCUAUCUCAAAUAAAAUAGAGAAUUGUAGAUUUUUUCACACA